AUGGAUUUAGAGGUUGCAUUAUAUCCUGUGGUGGAAGCCCUAGCGCCUCAUACUCUUUCAGAUGGAUUGACGAAUUCCUUAACUCACGAAUUGGCGCAACUUUUGCAAUCUCCAUCGAGGUCGUUGGGACAAUUACAAAAUACAAUAGAUUCGUUCAAAUUAAAAGUACCAUAUAGUCCUGACGGUGUUAUACGAUGGCAAAAAUUGAUUAACGUAAUACAAUUGUUAUUUGGUAUUGAUCGUAAGGAAAAUGUAAUCAAAUAUUUGUCGACAUUCCAAUCUAUGUUAAUGGAGAAUUCAACAAUACCAUCUCCCGAUAUGGACAGAAACCAUGUAAUGUCACUUAAUAUGAAUGGACUGGAUACACAUGAUAAAUUAUUAAGUCCCUUGAGGCCACAAAGUCUGCAGGCAGAAUCUUUUGAAAAUUUGGAUAAAUUUUCAGAUAGAAGAUCACUUCUAUCGUCUCAAAAGGGUUAUGCUCUCAGUAGAGAAUACAAUUCUGUGAGUUUACACAUGCUUUCCAACCAGUAUUAUUACAAGAUGAUCUCAGAGGAGGAAAUUCUAAAAGUUAUUAGUUAUACAUUACUGGCCACAAUGACAGAACUAUUCCCACUAGAGUUCAACAAGAUAAAUAUACCGAAGGAAGUGACCAAUUCUGAAAGCGGACUUUUGCAUUUAAUAUUUGAAGCUGUCCUUUUAUACCAAAAUUUGAAAUUGAAGGUAGAUGAGCAGAAACAUAAGAACGUCUCCCCAAUGAAAAAGGCAUUAUUGGUUCAGGUGGAAAGCGCACUACAAAAUUACGUUAAAGUGGUUAACUCUCUUUCUGCCUUUGCACGCGUGGACUCUUUAAAACAGUUGUAUUACGAAUUUUACGAUCAUAUCAUUGCAUUGAGAUUUCAUUAUAGAUAUAUGGAAAAUUUCGAGGAAACAUCAGGAGAUUCAUUCUUAACCAGAUUCAACGAUUUGCAAUCUCACGGUGAUGUGCUAGUAAGACGGUUGUGCACCGAAAUCUUCAAAAAUCUUUUAUCCCUUUACUACGAAUAUUUGAUAGAUUGGCUUACCAUGGGGAAAUUAGAGGCAACUUAUCGAGAAUUUUUCAUUGUGGCUCAUGAAUCAGAAGACCCAUUACCAUUAAAAUUGGUGAAAAACAAGGUUCCUAAAUUUAUACCGAUGAGUGUGGCUAAUGAAAUCUUUAUUAUCGGUAAAACUUUCUUGCUUCUGAGCAAAUAUUGCAAAGAACUACAUUGGACAAACGAAAUUUCGAAAAAAUAUUCUUUUAAAUACCAACAACUUGUUCACCAUGUUCAGUUGACAGAUUUUUACAGUCUGGUACAUUCCCAUUAUGAGGAAAUGGUUAAAUUUGCUAAUAAUACACUUUUGCAUAAAUUUUAUUACAAACAAGUGCUUUACACACUCAAGGAUAUUCUACUUAUGGGGAAAAGCGAUUUGAUAGACAUUUUAAUACAGAAAGCUCAGGAUAUCUUGGCAAUGCCCUCCGCAUCUCUAUCGGGCUACCGAUUGACAAGGUUUUUACAAGAAGCAGUUCAACAAUCAUCGAUGAGAAAUCUUUUAAACAAAAGUGAUAAAAAUUUUGUAAUUAAUGGACUCGAUGCAAGGAUCCUGGACCUGGGUCAUGGUUCUCUUGGUUGGGAUGUCUUUACGCUAGACUAUCUGAUAGAUGUGCCUUUAUCUACUGUUUUAAACGUCAACCGUAAUGGCGGCAAGAAGGAAUAUUUGAGGAUUUUCAAUUUCUUAUGGAGAUUCAAAAAAAAUAAUUUUUUCUAUAACCAAGAGUGGUUAAAAUCCAACCAAUUGAUAAGGAAUUUCCGAAAGAUGGACCGUCAUGGGCCUUUAAUCAGGGACCUAACAUCCAAAUUAUCCAAGGUUAACAUUUUACGAAAUCAAAUUCAGCAUUUUAGCCAAAAGUUAGAAGCAUUUUGCUUUAGAUCUAUCAUAGAUAAAAAUUUCCAAGAAUUCGAACGUAAGGUGGUUAUCACCAGCGAUAAAAAUGAUAAUACUGAUGAUGAUGAACAAGGCAUGAAUGAUCUUCAGGCAGUUAGAUUGCGUAAUGGAGUGCUCAUGUUAAAUGGGAUACUUCGACCUCGAUCUAGUCGAAGUCCGCUAUUAUCUAGCAUACUCCAAGCAACUGCAACCACUGAGACCUUUUGCAAAGAGCCAAACAUUGACGAAUUGGAUUCACUUCAUGAUGGAUAUUUGCAAAAAAUACUUUUACACAAGCUUUUAAAUUCUAGUAAUGGGCAAAAAACCGUCGGUGGACUUUCAGGCCAGCCUUAUUCAUCAUCAUCAAUUAUUCUUCUCAAUAUUGCAUUUGAGUUUAUAACUUUCCAAAGUGCCUUAAACGACGUGGCACAUGAACUGUUGAUACAAUUGAAUCUAGACACCCAACCGCAACUGGGAGUAUUACUAUCAAGAUUCAAUUCGGUGCUUCGUGACCUUGUACCACGCUACAAGCUUUUCAAGGAAAAUCUAAGAAUUUUUAUCAAGGAUUUAAAGAUGGAUGGCGAUGAUGAACUAUGUAGCUUGAGUAGAUUCCUGAGAUGA